CCUCAUCAGCAUUCUCUUGACCAUGCGGUGUACGUCUGGUUAAAAAUCCAGCUUUUGCACACAGGAUGAUUGAAGCUGUAAAUAUAAAAAUAAGGAACGUGGAACGACUACUGUCUAGAUGUGAAAGUAUCUUAUCAGGAAAAACUCAAUUCCAAGGAAAGGAAUGGAAGCUAGGAAAAUACGUGACGUCUUUAGAGGAACACAUCAAUGACUUGGAAAAGUACCCUAGUGUCAACAAUGACCAGCUGACAUCAUUCAGGCAGAGAACUGGUGUACUUCGUGAGGUGCUACAAACUGAGAAAGAGACUGACAACAUAUUCAACGGUGCGUGUAACCACACAGGGAAGUCUGGUCUGACCCUCCCACUCACACACACUCAACACUCACGCUCAUCACACUGUCACAGCCCACUCCCCUCACCAGUGCAUGCUAGAGGAAACGAGCUUUUGUUAAGAGCUGACAGCAAACGCACCUCCUCAAUGAGGGAUCAACUAUUUGCCAAGACAAUUGACGAUGAGACAUCAUUACGACACAGAGGGACAGCAGCCCUGAAAGAGGACAUAGACAGUGUGGUGAACAGACACCAGAAGAUGCAGGACGAAAUAGCUGAAGACAUGAUCAGAAUGGCUCACAGUCUCAAGAACAACUCACUGGUUGCCAAAGAGAUCAUGCUCAGUGACAACAAGGCCCUAGAGAAGACACUGAAGGCAGCAGACAACAACAUCGAGGGGCUGGACAGAGAGACAGGGAGACUACAGGAGCAUACUAGUGGCUGUGCCUGGGGAAUAUGGAUAUUGCUACUGGUCGUGUUCGUAGUAUUCUUUGCCAUGAUACUUUUAAUUAGAAUUGUACCAAAGCCAAGAACAUGAUAGCAUUUUGUACAUGCAUACAUGUAACUUAACUGUUCAAUGUACUUGCUAUAACCACCAAAUUUUAUGAAAACACUGAAAAGGGAUAGGCCCUGAUAAAUAUGCUUUUUUUUUCUA